AUGUUUCACAUUUUUAUUAAAUUAAUAAUUAAAAAAAAAUAGAAAAAUGAAUCUGGCAGUUACGCUAUUUCAAUAAAUGGGUGGCUUUAUAAAUGGAAUGAAAAUCAAAGAAAAGGAGGACUAAAAAUUGAAGAGACACUAUUGAAAUUGCAUUCUUAUUAAUAGAAAUAAUUUAUGCUUAUUACAUAAAAAUAAAAUUAGUUUAUAUUAAUUGUAUUAAAAAGAGUAGAUUUCAAUAAAUUUUAGUAUUUAAAAUAUUUAGAAUUCUAUUGUAGAUAAAUAAUUCAAUUAUGUUUUAAUAUUCAUUAAUUACACAAUAUCUGAAUUAUCUUUGUAUUCAAUCCCACGAUUAUUAAUAAUUAGAGUAUUUAAUUCAACUUCAAGUAUAUCUAUAAUAAAACCUUAAUUUGAUUUUGCGUAUUUUAAUAGUAAUUUAAUUGCUGCAGGAACAAAUAAAGGAAAAUUAUUAGUUUGUAAUAUUCAAAAAUCAAGUUAACCAAUUUAAACAAAUUAAGUAAAGAAUUAAUAUAAAAUAGAUAUCAGAUUAAGAAAAAGAAAUAACUUGA